AUGCCUGUCGUGCAGUUCGCCCCGUUCUCUUCCAUAGUGCAACCCGCGUUCUGGCACGAGCUUACGCGGCUAAAGCUUGACGUUCUCCGACUUUCCGAUGCCCGAGUGUCUCUCCAUGGAUCAUAUAGCGUAGGGAGGACAGUUCGUGACCGUAAUACAGGCGCCGAUGUUGAGCUUGGGUGUAAUUUUGCGCUGGGUGGUGACGCGUUUGACGAGCAACAUCCUUCUACACCGUGGGCCGUCAAAGCGGAAGGUCAUCUGUACAACUACAACACGCUCGAAGAGUUCAAGUCUGUGGACAAGAAGGCCCUGUUCAACACUGUCGCGGAAUCCAUCUGGACUGAUGCACUGGCAACUGCCGAUCCGUCCAUCCUAACUCGCUUCCUGCUCAUCACAUACGCGGAUCUCAAGAAGUACAGAUACUACUAUUGGUUCGCAUUCCCCGCAUUCGCUGCGCAGCCGCUUUGGGAGCUCGAUACGGCCUACAAUCAUGAAUGGGUCGCCGCGAGCAGCGCCUUCAGCAAGCCGCAGCUAUGCAUGAUCCAUGACAAGCUCGCGACGACACAUAUGCCCUUCUUCCUACUCCGAGCGGCAGGCAACAUCGUCGAGAUCGCUCCGCUGUCCGAGUUUGACGACUUCUUUGCGGACACUCCGGCACAUCAGCGCGCGAUCGGGUUCUUGGACCCUUCGCCGUCUGCACAGUCUCCGGGAUGGCCGCUGCGCAACUUGCUGGCAUACCUUCGCGCGGCACAUCCUGCUGCCGCUCAUCAGCUUCGUGUUCUCUGCUGGCGCGACACGGAGAUCCCACACGGGGCAGGCGCAGGGUGGCGAAGCAUUACGGCGGUUGUCAACGGUGGACAGUCGGAUGGCCAGCGGCCGAGCGCGGUUGGAUGGGAGAAGAACGCGCAGGGGAAGUUGGGUGCACGAAUGGCGGACCUCGCACCCAUGAUGGACCCAACAAGACUGGCGGACCAAGCUGUUGAUCUUAACUUGAAACUGAUGCGCUGGCGCAUUCUUCCCGCGCUUGACCUGGAGAAGAUCGCUCAGACUCGCUGCCUUCUCCUCGGCGCAGGCACCCUCGGCUGCUAUGUUGCCCGAGCGCUCAUGGGAUGGGGAGUGCGCACGAUCACUCUCGUGGACUCUGGGCGCGUCUCCUUCUCCAAUCCCGUCCGCCAACCGCUUUUCGAGUUCAAUGACUCGCUUGAUGGUGGACGGCCUAAAGCCGAAUGUGCCGCAGAUGCGCUGAGGAGAAUCUAUCCGGGAGUGGAUGCAAAUGGUGCUUCACUCGCCAUACCUAUGCCUGGACACCCAAUCCCCCCUGAAGAGGUUGAGUCCACGAAGGCGGCAGUAGAGCGCCUGGAACAGCUAGUAGAACAGCACGAUGCUGUGUUCCUGCUCAUGGACAGUCGCGAGAGCCGGUGGUUACCGAGCGUAUUGGGUGCUGCGAAGGGCAAGAUCAUCCUCAACGCAGCUCUCGGCUUCGACACCUUCCUCGUCAUGCGUCAUGGUGCACGUACUGAGUCGCCGGACGGGACCCGUCUGGGCUGCUACUACUGUAACGACAUCGUCGCACCGGCAGAUUCGUUGUCCGACCGCACUCUGGACCAAAUGUGUACCGUCACACGCCCAGGCCUUGCUGCGCUAGCCAGCGCAAGUGCGGUCGAGCUGCUUGUAUCGCUUCUGCAGCACCCGCUUGGCCAACACGCUCCUCCCCCUCCGGCGAACGCUGCGAUUGAACCCGGUGAAGAGCACAACGGCGUUCUCGGCCUUGUACCGCACCAGCUUCGUGGGUACUUGGCGCAAUUUAGAACUUUGCCCGUCGUUGGCGCGGCAUACAGCAGGUGUACAGCAUGUAGCGAGACGGUUCUUCACGCUUACGAGCGCGAGGGCUUCAGCAUGCUUCGCCGUGCCUUCGAUGAGCCUGGCUACUUGGAGCAACUGACUGGCCUGGAUAAGAUGAAGGAGGAGACGGAGGCAGCUCUUGAAGCCGUUGACUGGGGAGAGGAGGAGGAUGACUUUUGA